CCUCGAAAUACUUCAUAUUUACAAGAUACUUUUAUAUUACUCUACAAUACCGACAUCAGUAGCCAGCCGCGCGACGCCGACGACCAGCCCUCAUCCCCGCGCGACGCCGUCACUCGCCGGAAUCAGACAAACUCCCCAGCAAUUGCUUCGGCCACCACGAGGUGAUUUUAUAGUGAUCGAUCCUAUAGUUUACCAUGCUUAAUGUCCGUGGAACUCUCUUCUUAUUACGGAAAGGCAGAAGCUUGCAUACACUAUCCCAUGAACCAGCAAGUGACAGCUUGAAGAGAAAGAUUGCUAAAUUCGAGAAGAAGAGGAAGACUAGAAAUCCGAAGAAAACCGAGGUUUUUGUGGAAGUUCCAGAGUCGAGGUCGUUUCUUGACACAGCUACUACGCCAAUGCUGCUUACAGCUGUUGGGGUUGCACUUUUUGCAAAACUCCUAAUGAUGUAUGAUGAGUCAAGAUCUCAAGAACUGAUUGAGCGCAAGGUAAAGAACUCUCCUCCUGGACAAGGAACGGUUAGGAUGCUCACGCGUGAAGAGUGGGAGGAAAUGCGAGAAGUGAGGCCUAGAACACCUUUUGAGUCAAAGCUUGCUCGACCUAAUGCACGAAUAAGGACAGGAGGUGUCAUGAAAAAGGAGGAUAUCAAGGACUGGGGACUUGACGUCCUUAUGGAUGCAGUUACACGGGUGGAAGAAAGUGUUAGACAUAAUUCCAGGUGAUAUAUUCAAGGCUAUGUUUCUCAGAUAAAGACUCACUUCACUAUUAGCAUGCACCUUCGAUUAAAGUUGAGUAACUUAUCCCAAAAAUUAUUAGAAUAGAGUUUUGAUUUGAUUAAACAUCCCGGGUUUCGAUAUCAAUGUUGGGAACAUUGUAUAUAUGGUUCUGGAGUGCUUCAGUGAUUGAAAUCUAUCAUAAAAUCAAUCUCUGGAUCAUAGGGCAAUUGUCCAAUCACGGUGGCAUGACACCGCGCCCAGUCGCUCAAUCAACUGCUAGAUCCGGAAGUCGAAGCCAAGAACAAUAUAUACCAGUGUAUACUUAGUUUUGAGUCUAUAUUUAUUGGGUGUUAAACACUAGUUUUUUUUAUAUAUAUAUAUAUUGGUUCCAA